AUGCGAAAAUCGGUGUCCGUGGAUGCGAGGAUGUUGCGGGUAUCGUGGAAGGGAUAUCGAUAUGCGGCCCUGGAAGAGGUGCUGCCGGAGAUGGCCGAAAAUUCGAGUGGCGGCGAGCAGGCGAGGCUCUCUUGCCGUGGGGACAGCGUCGUUCGCGGCUAUCGAGCCCUUUCCCCGGCCGCCGACUACACACCACAACCCCCUGACAAACCCGGACUGCUGGCAAUCGAUUCGGUGGAAUUGAAUGGCAAUACCCGGAAGGAAUCUCGUCAAACGCCAGUCUCCCGUAUUGCCUCACUGAGACGUCGAAGCAGUGUGGCCAGAGACAAAUGGUCAAACAAACUCGAAUUCCUGCUUGCCGUCAUUGGGUAUGCCGUGGAUUUGGGGAAUAUUUGGCGUUUUCCGUCGAUUUGCUACAAACAUGGAGGAGGCGCCUUCCUCGUCCCCUACCUAAUAAUGCUGCUCAUUGGCGGGUUGCCAAUGUUUUACAUGGAGCUGGCACUCGGCCAAUUCCACCGCUCUGGCUGUAUCUCUAUAUGGCGCAAAAUUUGCCCAAUGUUUAAAGGCAUCGGCUACGGUAUCUGCUUCAUUUGCACGUUCAUCGCCUGUUUCUACAAUGCCAUCAUCGCCCAGGCCGUCUAUUUCACGUUUAGCAGCAUAGCGCUAGAAGUCCCGUGGGCCACUUGUAACAACACCUGGAACACCCCGAACUGCUCCGACUCGUUGACCCAUACCGGCCAACAUCUACGCACACCGUCAGAGGAAUAUUUUCUAAACCACGUGCUCGAGACGCAAAAAUCGAGCGGAUUCGGCGAUUUCGCAGGGAUCAAGCCGACGAUGGCGCUCUGCUUGGCGGUGGUGUUCUUGCUCGUCUACUUUGCAUUGUGGAAGGGGCCAAAGAGUUCAGGAAAGAUGGUGUGGGUGACGGCUACGGCACCAUACGUCGUGUUGGCCGCCCUAUUGAUUCGUGGAGUCACACUCCCCGGGGCUAGCAUUGGUAUUCGCUAUUACUUGACGCCAGACUUCUCCAAACUGCUCGAUCCGGCUGUUUGGAGCGCUGCGGCGACACAGAUCUUCUUCUCACUUGGCCCCGGUUUCGGCGUGUUGCUGGCGUUGAGCAGCUACAAUGAAUUCGACAACAACUGCUACAGAGAUGCUCUCGUGACGGCGUCGAUCAACUUCGCCACGUCCUUCUUCUCCGGCUUUGUCAUCUUCAGCACGCUGGGCUAUAUGAGUGUUCUGACGAAUAAGCCUAUUAGUGAGGUAGUCGGCGACCAAGAAAUGUCGCUAAUCUUCAUCGUCUACCCCCAAGCGAUAGCCACGAUGAGAUUCUCGCCCCUGUGGGGAUUCGUCUUUUUCGUGAUGCUGAUCACGUUGGGAAUUGAUAGUACUUUCAGCGGCAUCGAGGCGUUGAUUACCGGCUUUUGCGACGAGUACCCACGGCUUCUCCAGCGAAAACGGGAGAUAUUCGUGGCGGUGGUGUGCUCGAUGUAUUAUUUCGGCAGUUUGCCGGCCAUUUCUUACGUAAGUGAGCCGAAC